AUGGAGGCGCUGAGGGAGUCCGUGCUGCACUUGGCUUUGCAGAUGUCGACCUACAAGCGGGCCACGCUGGACGAGGAGGACCUGGUCGACUCGCUGUCCGAGGGCGAAGUGUACCCGAACGGCCUGCAGGUGAACUUCCGCAGCCCCCGGAGUGGCCAGAGAUGCUGGGCUGCUCGGACCCAGAUGGAGAAGCGACUGGUGGUGCUGGUGGCACUUCUGGCGGCCGGACUGGUGGCCUGCUUGGCAGCCCUGGGCAUUCAAUACCAGACAAAUAAGAAAACAGGUUCAGAGACAUUAAGGGACUUUGCUGAGGAUACAUUGCUGGUCCUGGAUGGAGACGGGCUCCAGCCCUGGGGAGCAGUUAGCACCGAGAGGAGACGGAGAAGACAGGCAGAGAGGCCUUCUAACUUUCCAGUGUCAGCGUGCUUAGCACAGAGCUUGGCACCUAGUAAGUGCUCGCCAAAGCAGCACCACCUUCUCGGUGUCCUGAGUGAGCGCCAGCCCAGACCUCUCCCUGACAAGCCGUGCGACCACAGAGAAGCUACUGGGCUCCUCGUCUGUAAGCUGCUGUCUAGCUUUGUUGCAUCUUCCCAUGCGUAUUGGAAACUCUGUGGACAAGCUGUGUCCAACACACUCUCCAUCUGCAGCAGCGUGCCCGUCUUUCACGUUCUGAGGACAGGAGUGGGUGUCCAGGGCUUCUCCAGGUUGGCUGGACUGCUUCGGUGCUGCCAACCUGGAGGAAAGGAAAGUGCCUUCCAGGUCAUAGAUGCCCCACGGGAGAGGAUGAAAGAGAGGAGAGGGGAGAGGGUGCUCAGGGUUGUCCCAGUGGGCUCCAUGAACCAGAGGGAGGCAGGGGGAGCCAUGGAGGAGCUGGACCUUCUCCCAGAGCUCCUGCCCCAGCCCGUGUCACUGUGGGAAUACAGGGGAUGUGAAUGCCGAUUCCUGGUGAGGCCUGUGCCCCUGGCCCUUCCUGCCACACCUGCCUCAUUUCCUGCCCGUGCCAGUCUCCAUCAGGCAUUGACCUCAUCGCCCUCUCGGCGCCCAGAGAUGGCAUCCUUCCUCAUCAGACAGACACUGGGCUCCGUUCUCCCAGCAAAUACUGCUGGGGGCUACUCUGUGCCCUCCUCUGAGUUCAGGCGAGGAAACGGACAAGUAGGACAAACUAAAAAUUCCACAGCCAGUGUGAGCGAGGCAGAAAGGAAGGCCCAAGUAUACUACCGUGCAUGUAUGAAUGAAACCAGGAUCGAGGAGCUUAAGGCCAAGCCCCUGAUGGAGCUGAUUGAGAAGCUAGGGGGCUGGAACAUCACAGGUCCCUGGGACAAGGACAACUUCCAGGACACCCUGCAGGUGGUCACCUCCCACUACCGCACGUCUCCCUUCUUCUCUGUCUACGUCAGUGCCGACUCCAAGAAUUCCAACAGCAACGUGAUCCAGGUGGACCAGUCUGGCCUGGGCUUACCCUCAAGGGACUAUUACCUGAACAAAACUGAAAACGAGAAGGUGCUGACGGGAUACCUGAACUACAUGGUCCAGCUGGGGAAGCUGCUGGGUGGAGGGGACGAGGCCACCAUCCGGCCCCAGAUGCAACAGAUUCUGGACUUUGAGACGGCACUGGCCAACAUCACCAUCCCCCAGGAGAAGCGCCGGGACGAGGAGCUCAUCUACCACAAAGUGACAGCUGCCGAACUGCAGGCCUUGGCGCCAGCCAUCAACUGGCUGCCCUUUCUCAACACCAUCUUCUACCCCGUGGAGAUCAAUGAGUCCGAGCCUGUUGUUGUCUACGACAAGGAGUACCUGGGGCAGGUCUCCACCCUCAUCAACAACACGGACAAAUGCCUGCUCAACAACUACAUGAUCUGGAACCUGGUGCAGAAGACAAGUUCCUUCCUUGAUCAGCGCUUUCAGGACGCCGACGAGAAGUUCAUGGAAGUCAUGUAUGGGACCAAGAAGACCUGUCUUCCCCGGUGGAAGUUCUGCGUGAGCGACACAGAGAACAACUUGGGCUUCGCCCUGGGCCCUAUGUUUGUCAAAGCGACCUUUGCGGAGGACAGCAAGAGCAUAGCCAGCGAGAUAAUCCUAGAGAUCAAGAAGGCAUUUGAGGAAAGCCUGAACACACUGAAGUGGAUGGAUGAGGACACUCGGAGAUCAGCCAAGGAGAAGGCAGACGCAAUCUACAACAUGAUAGGCUACCCCAACUUCAUCAUGGACCCCAAGGAGCUCGACAAAGUGUUCAAUGACUACACGGCAGUUCCGGACCUCUACUUCGAGAAUGCCAUGCGGUUUUUCAACUUCUCUUGGAGGGUCACUGCUGACCAGCUCAGGAAAGCUCCCAACAGAGACCAAUGCAGAGACCAGGGACCAAGGAAGUGUGCCCAGCCAGGAGCUGGGACUGGCCCAGCUCUGGGAUGCAUCGUGGAAAUCCAGCUGAAGCAGUUGAAUAAACAAGUCAGGGAAGAGGCUGGAGCUGGAAGGAGGCACUUGAGAGCUGUGGGCGUGUCGGUGGUAUCUAAGCCUAGGGUUGAACGGCGCUCCCCUUCAGGAUGGGCCUACCAGAACUGGGUGGAGAAGAACGGGGCUGAGCAGACAUUGCCCACCCUGGGCCUCACCAAUAACCAGCUCUUCUUCCUGGGCUUUGCACAGGUCUGGUGCUCUGUCCGCACGCCCGAGAGCUCCCACGAAGGCCUCAUCACCGAUCCUCACAGCCCCUCCCGCUUCCGGGUCAUUGGCUCCGUCUCCAACUCCAAGGAGUUCUCAGAACACUUCCACUGCCCCCCUGGCUCGCCCAUGAACCCUCAUCACAAGUGCGAAGUCUGGUGAGGGUGGGAGCACCUCGAGCCGAGAC